AUGGCGGAAGCUGAAGAGGAGGACGAUCUUGAGGUUCCCCUCGAGUUCAUCUGUCCCUUAUCUGACGACAUAAUGCGCGAUCCCGUAAUCAUCGCGUCAGGACUCAGCUACGAGCGCGAUCUGAUCAAAGUAUGGUUCGCAGCAGGCCGGCGCGUCUGCCCUAAAAGCGGCAUGAAACUCGACCACACCGAGUUCUUCCCGAACGUCGCUCUUAAAGCCCUCAUCGCCGAGUGGUGCGAAAAACACGAUCUCGAUCUCGCGCCUCUCCCGGAAGGCCUCGAGGAGGAGCUUGCCGCGCAAGUUCGCGCGCAGGACGAGGAACCGUCUCCGACGUCGUCUAGCCGCGGCAGCCCGGGCGGGAGAGGCGGCGGGAGCGGCGGCGGCGGAGGAUACAGGGAUGGCCCGAGACGGGGCCGACCUGGAGAUGACUAUGAUGACGCGGACGAAUCUCAGCCCCACAUGCAGCGGUCCGCUAGCGCGGGGAACGGGAGGCGGAGGGGACCGGGGGAUCGAGAGAGGGACGAGGAUAGCGGGUCUGAUAGGGGGAGUGGGCGGACUGGAUCGCGUACGCGAGAGGCUUAUAGCGAGGACGAGGACCGGCGGGGCAGGGGGAGUGGCGGGGGAAGGGGGGGCGGCGGAGGUAGUCGGCUGCAGCCGCGGAGUGAGGAGGAGAGGAGAGCGCGCACAGGGCGUGUGGCGGCGCAGCUGCUGUCGCGGCAACGGGGGAGAGGGGGAGGGGCAGGCGGAGGAGGAGGCACCGCGCGGGAACGAGGGAAGGAUGGUUAUAGAGACCGGGAGCGGGAUAGCGAUUCCGAUAGGGACGGGGAAGGACACCGCGAUAGAAACAGAGAUGGGUAUAGGGACAGAGAUCGCGACAGGGACCGGGACAGAGAUAGAGCGCGGGAACCGGAUAGAGACAGGGAUCGCGAGAGGGAUAGGGACAGGGACAGGUAUGGAGAGAGGGACAGGGAGAGAGGAUGGGAGAGGGAGAGGGGUAGGGGAAGGGAUGAUGACAGUAUGAAUUCUCCUAGGCGCCCUCCUUCGGACCGAGGGGGGAGAGGAGGCGGGAGAGGCCAGGGAAGGGCUGGGCCACGCGUGGCGGGGAGAGGCGAUAGGGACGUGGGGAGAAUGGGGAAAAAAGAGGCAGAGGAGAAAGCAGGGGAGGCAGCGGAAGCUUCGGGGAAAGAAUCGGCUGCUGUGGAAGGCACAGAUGCGAUCGACCGGGGCUCGUCGGCUGACCGGGAAGAGGGGAUCAUGCGGCUCCGGUCUGCCCUGAAAGAAAGUUCCGAGGCGCGGCGGCGCGUGGUGAACCGGUCCGACGGGAUACCGAUUCUGGUGGAUCUGGUGGAGGAUUCAUCAGCGUUGGUAGCAUCUGGGAGUGAAGGGGCGAGCAGGGAGAGCCGGAUGGAUGCUCCGGCUGUGCUAGACUGUGCUGUGUCGGUGAUUCUUCAGCUGACACAGUCUUACGAUGGGGCUCUAGAGGUGGUGGAUGUUGGGGGAGUGGGAGUUCUCGUGGAUUUAGUUGAUGGCAAGUGCAGAAAAAAGGGUGGAGGGAGGGAUGGGGGCAGCCCGAAAGGGGCUGAUGACGGUGCAGCUAGCAAGUUUUCGGAGUCGGUGCGAUCGAACGCAGCGGCGGCGCUGUUUGCGAUUGCCACGUGUGACGAUGAUGACAAGGAGGAUGAGGACGGGAGGAGGAGGAGGAGGAGCAGCAGGUACCGGAACAAGAUUCUCCGAUGCGGCGGCAUCCCUCCGCUGCUGAAGCUGCUCAAGUUAGAAGCCGCUCGGUGCCGGAAAGACGCGGCUCUCGCUCUCUUUGCCCUCUCAGACGACCCGGACUGUGCCGAUGAGAUAAUCCGGGAAGGCGGGGUGAGCGUGCUGGUGGAUUCUCUGUCAGACAAGCGGCCGGGAGUGGAAGAGAAGGCCAUGGCUGUGUUGGCGAAUCUGGUGAAGUCCAAGGAGGGACAGGCAGCUUUGCUAGAGGUGGAGGGGACGCUGGUGAUGCUGGAUGUGCUGGAGAGUGAGUCGGAACGUGCACAGGAAGAGGCCCUGUUUGCAUUGUACCAUCUGGUUACCACCGGCGUGGUUACGCCUGCGUUUUUGCUGAACGAUGGGGCGCUGUUUCCGGUGGCGAAGAUGGCUGCGAAGAAAGGGUCGCCGCCUGAAGCCCUGGAGCUGCAUAAGAUUCUCACAGCUGCAAGGAAGAGUGUGGCCACUUGA